GUCCAAUCCCUCAUUCACCGCAUCCUUACCGCCAAUUGUCAAUGCCUUGACUUCGUUUCCCUCUCCUCCUCUUCCGACGACGAUGAAAUCGGUCUCUUCUCAUCUAACGCCAUCACCGACCUUCGCUCGCUUCAUUGCUGAAUCAAUGAUGGCGAAAGGCUAUAGCAUGGAGUGCGUCCGGAUCAGCGGAUCUAUUUCCCUCGCGUCCAAUCCCUCAUUCACCGCAAGUCGAUUCUUGAGGAAGACCUAUUUCCCUCGGAUUUGACAUCUGCCUUCCUAAUUACAAUUUCUCCUCGGAUACCGCCGUAAAUGGCAUGUAUAACUGCUUUGCACUUUGCAGUAAAAACGUUUUGGAGAAAAGAAACGCUCGGAUGAGAGAAAGCUGAAGAAACUGUUCGACUGUGAAGAAAAAUAAAUGCUGAGAUGUGAAGAAGAACAAGAAACGCUUCCAUAAUCGCGAAACUGCAGGUAUAAUGAAUUUAUAAAUGAUAUGUAGAAUCGUUUAUGGAGGAAUGGAAUAUGAAGAGUCCUAAGCGGACGAUAUAGAUUUAUUUAAGGUUUAUAAAAAAACGCUUAGGAUUUGCUAAG